AUGUCGCGUCCUUUCCCAUACGCCUACAUUUCCUGUCCAUGUGCCGACACCCCUGUUCCCGACCCAGCCAGGAAGCGGAGAUCAAGAGAGACUUCUCACAAGUCCAACCCGGAGGAUCCCAAUGCUCCAGUUCCUCAGGAUUAUGACUUCGAGGAUGAACGCACGUUCGACCCCCGAUCUCCCCGGUCUAACUUUUCUUUGUACCCGCCGGAGCAACUACUAUACUGCGAGGACUGCCAUCAGAUUAAGUGUCCCCGAUGUAUAACAGAGGAGAUCGUAUGCUGGUAUUGCCCUAACUGUCUGUUUGAGACACCGAGUAGCAUGGUUCGGAGCGAGGGGAAUCGAUGCGCCAGGAACUGCUUCAAUUGCCCCAUAUGCACUGCUCCACUAGCAGUCACUACAUUGGAGAAUGUCACCGGAGGUGGAAGUCAACAGGGCCCGUGGGUACUAUCAUGCGGCUAUUGCAUGUGGACGACUCUAGACAUCGGCGUCAAGUUCGAUAAGCCCACCAACAUCCGCACGCAGUUGUCUAAGAUGACGGAUUCUUCCCGGGGAAGACAGAUGUCCAAGACCUUCAGUGACCUCAAGUCCCCACUGUCCACGUAUUCUUCGAUCGACGAUCACUUUCCAUCGCCUAGCGAGAUGAGAGGUGAUGAGACCAACCCGGCCAACGAGCAAUCCUCAGGGCCAUUGAAUCCAGAGGCGCGAUUCCAGGCACUGAAGGGUUUCUACAAGAAUCAGAUAGCAUCAACCUCCUCAUCACCUAAUGACCCAUUGGCUGAUUUCGGAGCUGGAUUCUCCUCCCCGGGGGCCCUGAACCGCAUCAUGUCCCUCUACACCUCAUCAUCCCGUCUCGGUAAUCUCUAUGGCGGCACCAACAAAAAACCGAAAUCCAAGCCGCCGGUCAUGCGAGAAGCUCUCACAACCAGCGAAGGACUAAGGGUGCCGGCGCCCGAUGCAGAAAACGCACUAAUCCAACGCAUGGCUUCCGACGACUGCGGAUGGGACGGAAUGGCUUCUAUCGAACAGCGUACAUUCCAAUCCCCCGACGCACGGUUCGUAGAAGACCUCCUCCCACUGCCGGUGCUACUUCGCACGAAACGGUCGAAGCGUUGCAAGUCGUGCAAGCAUAUCCUUGUCAAACCCGAGUUCAAGCCGCAAUCGACCCGGUUCCGCAUCCGUCUCAUCGCCCUCAGCUACAUCCCCUUGCCAACCCUCAAACCCCUAGUCCCCAGCCCCUUUGCGGGACUUCCGUCCGCCCCACCCGCCGCGGCGCCAAACCUGGACGCCCUGUUACCGCUGAAAACCGUGCAGCUCCUGCUCACCCUGAAAAAUCACAUGUUUGACCCGGUGCGGGUGACACUCGCCACGCCGUCGGUGACACCCGGGCGCGUGGCCUCAAAAGUGACCAUCUUGUGUCCGCAAUUCGACAUCGGCGCUAACAGUGACGUGUGGGACGAGGCCCUGCAGGGUUCGACCGCUCCGGGUGACGCGCGCGCCUCCCGAUCCGGCACCCUAGGCUCCGCCGAGAAAGUCGCAGAGGCCGGAAAGGUGUGGGAUAAGGGGCGUAACUGGACCACCGUCGUCCUGGAGGUCGUACCCGGGACAUUACCUGGCGGCGGUGCUACAGGACGUAACCGCAUGAAACAGCACGAUGAUGAUGAUGACGACGACGAUGAUAACGAUGACUCCGAUGUCGACUCCGACGUCAAUGCCAAUGCCCUGGACUGGAGCGGACAAACUAAGGACCCUAAUCAACAGCUGCAGCCGGACGAAGAUGUCAUGGAGAUCCCUGUCUUUGUGCGGAUGGAAUGGGACUCCGAGAACCAGAUCGAUCAGGAGCAGUCUGUUGGUAAGGGGCAAAAUUCAGACACGGUCAAGAGGGAAUUGGCGUAUUGGAUGGUGUUGGGCGUAGGGAGGAUUAGUCCGGAGAUGGGAUUUUAG